CAUAAUAUUAGGUUGAUACCAAGCAGGGCAAACCCCGAUUCAAAAAUGAUGUAAUCGUUAGUUAGAAGCAUGCAUAUGAAUUCGUUACUAAAAUGGCCAGAGAUUGUAAAAAGGCGUAGCAAAACUUACUUAUGCAUAAAUAGCGUAAAACCUGCCGUAUCGAAACAGGAACAGAGGCCGCCUGACAGUGACAUCGACGUGGUUGUAUACGAAACCUCAAGUAGGUUCAUUUCCUAGAAUUAAAAUACAAAGCUGCUGUCGCAAAAGUUUGUAGAAGUCCAACCAAAGUCCAACUCUCAAUAACAGAAAUAGAUCUGAUCUUCCUUCCCUUACCAUCGCAUUCCAUAUUUGAGAAAAAGGAAAAGUAUGAUUGACUAUAUCGAUCGAUACUUGUAAUGGACGUGACCUAAAUAAACGUAACUACUGAUAUAUUACAGAACUAAUUUUAUUGAACCUCCGGAAAGAUGUCAACCCUGACAUAGCGGAAUAAUCAUUUCCAUAUUAUAUAGAUAUAUUUCCUUCGCACCUAUGUACAGACCCCGACUCGAUUUCCUUCGUGAUCUAUAUAAAAGGGGUUAUUGUGUUAUAAGUUCAUUCAGUAACUGCUUCAGCUGCUUUGGAACAUCACUACUCCGCCAAUAUGAAGACCCUGCUGGUAUUAGCUGCGUUUGUUGCAUUGGCUUGUGCUAAUAAUGUGCAUCUAUCACAAUCACAAAAAGACAAGGUUCAACAAUAUACCGUAGAAUGCAUGAAACAAUCCGGGGUCAAACCCGAAGUUUUGGCCGAAGCGAAGAAGCAGAAUUUCAAGGAUGACGAAGCGUUGAAGAAAUUUAUGCUUUGCUUCUUCCAAAAAUCCGGGAUUAUGGACCGCGAUGGGAGAUUGAACGUCGACGUGGCUCUAUCGAAAUUGCCCCAGGGCGCGGAUAAGGCGGGGGUUAAGAAGGCUCUGGAGGAAUGUAGAGCAAAGAAAGGCAGAGACUCCGCUGAUACUGCUUUUGAAGUUUUCAAGUGUUAUCAUCGCGCUACUCCCACUCAUGUUGUAUUUUAACCAAAACAAUGAUCAUGUUUACAUCGUACGUACCUAUAUGCUAUAAUUUUAAACAUAGAAGUAAUUUAUAACUUUGUUAUCUCAUAUCUGAUAGAGAAUUCUGUUGUAUUUCAUUGUAAUACAUCACAAUUUAUUAGGAUUUGUUAUUUGUUGUAUGCAUUGUUAGUUACUAUUUAUAGAUUGUUUGUAAAUAAAUAAAUUGAAUUAAA